AUGAGCGGUCCCUUUGGCCAAGGCAAAGUUGUUAGCACGAUAAUUGUGGUACCGACUGCAGAUGGGUAUGGGGCAACCAAUCUUGCUUUGUGUUCGACUUGUGGCGGUGGAGAAGAGUCCGAGGUUAUGGCGUCUCAUGCAGACCUUGCGCUGGGAGCACAAGGUAAUCGCUUGCUCCGAAAGAAGAAACAGAAAGGGGAACUAUCCGAACAGUUGUUGACCAGUAUAUCACAAGGAUACCAAGAAGCUUUCGAUAGAAAUAGCGAAGCAACGAUGGCUGCAAAAGCAACAUAG